AUGUGUGAUCGCGGAAAAUUUACCGAAGCUGAUGGUAGACGUUAUAAAAACAGUACUUACGCAGUAGCAUAUCUUCACGCGAAUCAUAUCGCACAUUGUGAGAAUUUAUUAUAUAAGAGUCAAGCACCUGAUUCUGCUCUUGUACUGGCACCAGAAAUUUUAAAUCGAGUUGGAUAUAGUAAAUCUGUGGAUCUUUGGAGUAUCGGAUUAUGUGGUUAUGCACCGGCUCGUAAUGAGGAUCGAUUUGCCACAACCGAGGAAAGAAAUGGCUUACGCGUAGACCAAAGAUUUUAUUAUCCACCUACUAAAUUACGAUCCGAAAAAAGGCCGACCGCAGAGCAAGCGCUAAAACAUAAAUGGCUUACGGGUAAGACGGCAAUGGACAUUGACUUACUGAGUGACUUUGUCGAGAACUUUAAUGCUCGUGGAACAUUUGGAAGAGCGGUAGAAGUUGUACAAGCGGCGAGCAGACUCAAGAAAAAUGCCCCAAAGAAACCUGAUAGUGAUGAUGAUGAGGAAGAACUACAAAAUGAGCAAGAAAAUCAUAAUCAUAAUCAAAAGCAGGCUCAGGAUACUGAAACGGAUCCAGAUGUAAGUAUAAGUUGA